GUUGAAACGAGAUAUCAGUUUUUGCAUAGCGUUCAAAGCAAUACCGAAAAGAAAACCGUUAACAAAAAAAGCAAAGCAAAAGCAAAACUUAGUAACAACAAAAUGCAAUUGUUAGCCAGCAGCAUAUUUUUAGUAACCGUUUUCGGUUCAGCUUUGGUAGUUUCGGUUUACGGGCAUUACACCGGUCAUGCCUCCUUAUCGAAAUAUGAUUUUAAAGGAUAUGAAAAACAUCAUGCCAGUCAUCAUAUCGAAGAUCACGAUCACGAUCACGAUUCUUAUAGUCAUCCAAAAUAUGAAUUUGAUUACAGCGUUAAGGAUUUAAAAAGCGGUGAUAAUAAAAAACAUUGGGAAGAACGUGACGGUGAUAAAGUAAAGGGUCACUACUCCUUUACAGAGGCCGAUGGUACUACACGCGUUGUAGAAUAUAGCGCUGAUAAGCAUAAUGGUUUUCAAGCUAUCGUUAAGCAUGUCGGUCAUGCUACUCAUGACAAAGUUGAAGAUCUAAAGUCACACCACUCCAAGGAUCACCAUAAGCAUCAUCAUCAUCAUUAUAAUCAUCGUAGCCAUGCAAUUCAUUAAAUUUUUGAUUUAGAGACCCAACGAAUAGAACUUUAUCAACAAAAUCAGAAAUUUCUUCGCAUUUUUAUAUUUUCCUAAUUUAAAAUUUGUCCUUUCACAAAUUCUUAAAAGUCAUCUCAAAAGUUAACAAAUUGAUUAAAAUAAAUAUUACGUCAUAUUGAAAAUUCUCCACUAUUUUCUCCGCGGGAUGGUGUUGAUGGCUAUAGAUCGAGCAGCACUCACUUGUUUGUCUUAACCAAACUUGUGCUUGAAAGGCGGCAUUUUAACUUACAUUUUUGGUGCAGAUAAUUUUCUAAUUCUUUGCUCGUGUAGAUGUGUGUUAUAUUGAUUUGAAAAUGACUGAAAUAUAUGAAGAAAUGCACUGCUUUGUAAUGCUUUUUUAGUAUAAUAAAAAUAAAAAUGCUGCAAAAAAAUAGUUUGUGAAGUGUACGGUGAGAAUGCUGUGGAUGGAUGAAGGACCCAGGAUUGGUUUGCUCGAUUCCGUUCCGGAAAUUUCGUUGUAAAAGAUACACCUCGCAUUCACUGAUAAAAUCUAUGAAAUAUUACAACUGGCGGAACACGACCGACACGCAGGCUGUGAGGAAAUAGCGGAAGCACUAAAUAUCAACUAUACGACAGUACGGAACCAUUUGAAAAGAGCAAGGUACAAACCGAAGCUCGAAAUCGCGCGAAAAACCACGGAGACUUUUCAACAUCACCCAAUACUAUAUAAAAUCUAGACUUUCAAUAAUGUACAUUUCUUCUAAUUCUAUGAAAACUUGUAAAUUUUUUUUUUAUUAUUAAAAUGUUUUCUCUUUAAUGUGCAGGUUAUGUUUAAU